ACUCAAACCGAUCACUCGCAUUCCCAAACAGUCAAUACAGACCUAACCCAUUUCCCAAAAUGUUCAAGUUGGUGGUAUUGUCUGCUCUGCUCGCCGUAGCCGCUGCCCGUCCCGGUCACCUGUUGGAGUCCUCCCCGCUGGUCUAUGCCGCCCCAGCAGCGACGACCAUCGUCCAGGAGCCCGUCCUGGCCAAGGUGGGAGCCGUGGUCAAGAGCGUGCCCACCUCCGUGAGCCACCAGAGCCAGUCGGUGGUGCACAGCUCGGCCCAUGUGGUGGAGGACAUCGUGGCCCCGGUGGUGAAGUCCACUCCGGUGGUCAGCUACUCCGCUCCCGCUCCUGUCGUCCACACCUCCUAUGCCGCUCCUGCUCCCGUCGUCAGCUAUUCCGCUCCUGCUCCUGUCGUCAGCUAUGCUGCUCCUGCUCCAGUUGUCCACACCAGCUAUGCCGCUGCUGCUCCCGUUCUGGCCACAUCCUACGCCCAAGUGGCCGCCUCCUCCCCGCUGACCUACACCGCCACCGGUGUGUGGUAAAGCGAUUCCAACUGCUCCCAGGUGACCAGGAUGCGAGUGCAUCGCUGGACGGUUUUGUGAUACGAAUUUUAAAUAAAUAAAUGUUUUGCUUUGAAAUCGA